AUGAAAAAACAAUAAUUAGAAAAAGAAAAGCUUAAAAAAGAGUAAAGAGAAAAAGAAUUAUAAGAACAAAAGUUAAAAGAGAACGAAAUUAAAGAACAAAAAAGGAAAUAACGAGAACUCGAAAGUAUAUAAAGGGCUAAGUUGGAAGCAGAAUUUAAAGAGAAAGAUAGAAAAUAAAGGUAGGAUUAGAUUUUAAGAGAAUAAGAAUAGUUUUAAUUAGAAUAAUAGAAAUUAUAGGAAUAAAAAAAAUAAUUAAUAGAAGAAAAAGAGAGAAAAAGAUUGUAAUUAAUUGAAUUCAAGAAUGAGGAGAGAAAGAAAUUUGCAGAAUUAGAGAGGAAAGAAUUUGAACUAAAAUUAGAAAAAGUUAGAAAAUAUAAUGAAGAAAUGAUGGAGAGGAAAAGACAAGAUUAUCUAAAAAGAGAGGCUUAAGUUGAAGCAAAAAGAAAAGAUUUUGAACAAUUCUUAGAUUAUGUGAAGUAGUAGAAGUAAAAAUAAAAUCUUGAUAAGUAAUAGCAAAUUAAUAAGAUAAUGUAAAUGAAUAUCACUAAGGAAGAAGAAAAGAGAAAAAAAUAUGAUGCAAAGCAAUUAGAAUAUUUGAAAAAGAAAGAGUUAAUGGAUGAAUUCUAAAAAUAGUAAAUGGAAGAAAAAAUUAAGAAAUAUGAAGAGAAAGAAAAAAAAAUAAAACUUAUAUUAUUUAAUAAUGAGUUUAUGUAAGAACAGCAAAGGAAUGAUUUAGAAUAAAAACUUAAUAAAACUCAACAGAAGCUUAGUAGUUUGAAUAAUAAAAAGGAAUUUGAAAACAAAUACAGAAUCACUUAAUAGAUUAUAAAAGAAUUAGACACUGAGGAUAACGUAAGGAGAAUGGAAUAAUUAAGUGGAUAUCGAAGAUUGAAGUUGGAAUAGAAAAUGACUAAGGAUGAAGAGAAAUGUUAAUAGAUGAGAAAGGAUAGAGAAUAAAUUAGUAAAUUGGCAGACUAAAUAAGAAAAGAAGCAGAAGAAAAAAGGAAGAUGUUUAUGUUAGAUUAUGAGAAAAAAAAAAGAAUGCAAUCUGAUGGAUUUCGAAAAAUGAAUUCAUCAUUAGGAUAAUGA